AUGUCUCUUGUUGCUCUCGACCCAAACGAAAUCAUUGAUACCUUUGAAGUUGUUCAAGAAUCAAAUACUUUAAUGAAUUUCCUCAACUCUCAAGCUUAUCCAAAUCAAAUUGUUGUUGUAUACUUUGCUGAAUUUCCAUGUAAGGCUUGUGAUGACCAAAAGGCGUUUAUGAGAGCUCUUCCAAACAAAUACCCAGAUGUUGUUUUUUUCCAAGUCCCUAAGGGUUCACCAAUUACCAAGAAUAAUAUGUGGUGUAAUGAUGUUGCAGUAUACCCAACAACCAAAUUCUUCAAAAAUUUUGCAACAACUCAAAAUUGUACUGCUUAUUAUAUUGGAUAUGGUCCAGAACAAAUUGAAGGUUGGAUUCAAUCCCACCUAGAGCCACUCCAAUAA